GGAGGAGAGGUGACCCUUCUACGUAUGGACUUCCGUUCAGCUUUGGGUCUGGAGGGGGAAGGGCCUCCGGCCGUGUGUUACUGCGUGCUAAAGCGCCCUGGAGGUUUCCUGCUUGCUCUGCCUCCACACUUCCUUCCGGAGGAGGUCCUGGAUGGUGCUCGGGCCGAAAACUUUGUCGGCCUCCUUGGCCCGCACAUCAGCACAACUGCCCCUGCAGUCGAGCUUUCCGAUGCCGGGGAGUGGCUUGCUCCUUCACCUCCUCGGAUGCUGGAAGUACUUCUGGUGGACUUCGAAGAUGCCGCGGCGGCGGGAGUCGAGGUUUUGGAGGAGGGCCUGGCCGAGUGUGUCCCGUUCCUCGAGGUGGCUCCUUCUCUUUUCCCUUUGGCCACCGCCCUGGUCACAUUCGCCACCGCUUGGAUUUCCGGACUGGAAGGAGAGCGAGGGGCAGGGUACGUUACGGCGGAGGAGUUGAUCCCAGAUGUGGCUCCAAAGGCUCUCAGCAGGAAAGCCAAGCCAGAAGCAAAGAAAAAACCAACUGUAGCAGUGCUUGCGGCCCAGCAGCUCGAGAUUGCAGAGGCUCUGCAGGCCCUGACAACCCAGGUUCAGCAUCUCGCUCUGUCAGGUUCCAGAGAGGAGAGGACUCCUCAACAGGUCAAGGCACCGUCUCAGGUUUCAUUCCCGCCUCGCGCCUCUGCAAGAGGGGCCCUCGCAGCGCCGGUCUCCUCAACCAUUGCAGCCUCGCCAGUGGGGCCCAGGACUGUGGCAGACCUGUUGGGACCUCCUCCCAGGAACCGAGGGCCAAUAGAAACCGUGGUCGAUCUGGAGGAAGGUCAGGCUGUGCCCUUUUCUACUGGCGAAGAGUUCGCAGAAGGAGGUGGUGGCGGGGCUUUUGCAGCGGCCAUGAUGGCCCAAAGCCGUGCUCUGACUGCUCUUGUGGCCCAAAUUGCAAAUGCAUCGGAUCCUCUUUCAGAGCUCUCGCCCGGAGCGAGCUCGAGCCUCUCCACGAAGGGCUCAAACUCGCGCCUUCGUCUGCAGCAAGAGCUUGGGGCCAGGGGGGGGACGUUCUACAAGCGAGUACAAGAAGCAGCUCUGCGUCGUAUGGAGCCCACUGCAGACCUCUCAAUGAUAGGAGAAGUGACCGCAGGAAAGUCAGUGAUGUGCCGCUACCUCGAGAGGUAUGGGGGUUUCCGGGAUCAGCGCACUUGGGGUUUAGUGCAAUGGCAGCUAGGGCAGGUUUUCGACUUGUUAGGGUCAGGUCAGGUGGAGGGAGCGAAGGACACCCUUGCUCUCCUCAUGCUAAUGGUCGACCAGCUGGUCUUAGAUGCUGGGUCUCCAGAACUCGGCUGGAUUCUUACGCUGCAGCAAGAUCCGCCGGCCUCGCUAUUCUCUGCCCCAAGCAACGUGCCAGGCUCUUCUCUGAGGCCGUAUUCUCAUCUGUCAGACCCAAAGUGGAUUGCAACGGCGUUGGCCUUUGUAAAGGAGAUGGAGACACUCGCAAAUCGCAGAGCGGAGAUUUCGAGAAAAGCGACACCUGCCUCGCCUGCGUCCACUCACGAAGGGCCUCCCGCGCCUUUGUCAAAGAAGCAACACCGAGCAAAGCUUUGGGCCGAGCGGAAAGCAGCUUCCCAGCCGAAGGGCUUCUGGGACCCUCUCUCGGAAGUCCUCGAAAAGCACGACCAGUGGUCCAGCCCGAGCCGGCUCGGCGUUUUCUCAGUCCACCCAGGAGUGCCUGGCAUCAGCCCUUUUGACGGCGUUCCAGGUUUUUGCUCUGAGUUCGACUUUUGGAGUUGGGCCUCGGCCUUACCUCGCCUUGUUCUAUCUUCGCGUACUUCCUUCGCUCGUUUCUUAAGGAAGACUUUUUGCAUUCGCCACAGGGGUCCUUGUGCUCCUAGCUCCGCCCUUUUCCCUUUGCCUGUUCCGGACAUAACGCUGUUCGAUGUUGGCAACCCGAGGUCUGACCCCGGUGACUUGGCUGCUGGCAGGGACCAUGACACUUUGCUUGGAAAGGUUCUGCAUAUUGUCGUCAUGAGCUUGAACUUCCUGCACUCCGACUGCCGCCAUGUCCCCGAGGAGAGCCUUCGGAGGCGUCCGAACGAGUUCCAUUUGAAGGCUUAUGCCAGGCCAUACAGAGACGCCGACCCGGCCAGGCUGAAAAUCACUGGGAGCGGUGAGUGGGGCCUUGAGCAGUACCUUGGUCCUGAGCUGAGGCUUCCUUUCCUUGAGCCCAAGGUCUUGCGAGCUAUUCCGCGAAACGCCCUUCCUUUCCCAGACACCCUGUCUGAGAACAGGGACCGCACUCUUGAGCUUCUAAAACUUUGGGAUAGCAGAGGUCUCCUUUAUCUUUCCUUUGAGCAGAAGCAGCCCAGAGAGCUCACUCGAGUUUUCGGAGCCUACAAAACCGAUCUGCAUGACAGACAGAUCGGUGAUAGGAGAGGGGCAAAUGGGUUGGAGGGACGAGUCAGAGGGCCAUCACGGGAGCUCCCGCCGGGGCAUCUCCUCACUUGCCUCACUGUGCCACGGGGGUCAAAGCUUGUCGGGGCUUCCACGGACAGGGCCGAUUUCUAUCACCAGGCAAAGAUCUCCGCUUCAAAGGCUGAGGGGAAUGCCACUGGCCCUCCUUUCCGGCUUGGCGAUCUCGAGGGAACCAAGACCCUCUCUAGGGCCAGGGAGAUUGCUGCUGUUUCUCUCAGGUCAGGCGUCAGCUGUGCGGAGGCGUUUGGAGCUUCUUGCCUCGUUUCGCCCCAAGUUCCUCCCUCCCUGCUCUUUGACCCCCAAACCAAGGUCUACGGGUGCUUCAAAUCUCUGUAUCAGGGGGACCAUGCUGGGGUGGAUUUUGCCACCGAGGCUCAUGGGGAGAUGCUCAACAGGGCAGGGCUCCUAAAAGCUCCUCACUGUUUGCAAGCCAAACGCGAUCCGUCCCGCACGGGCCCCUGGCAGGCACUUAUCAUUGACGAUUUCUUCUCUCUCUCCGUCGAGGCAAGGGAGACCGACCCUUUGUCUUCUGCUGCUGCAGACCUCGUUGCGAAGGCCAAAGAAACAUACAAGGCAGAAGGAGUCGUUGGCUCCCCUCACAAAGAUGUGCUAGGCUCUGAGGUUUUCACUGCUGCAGGGGCCCAGGUUGAUUCCUCCAGCGGCCCUCUUGCGUCAGGGCGCGUCUUUGUCUCCGCCCCCACUGAAAAGUUGUUGGCGCUCUCUGUCAUCAGCCUCCGAGCGGCCGCCCUGCCUGCCAUCUCCGAGGAGCUUGCGUCAUCGCUUUCAGGUUCCUGGAUCUCUGCACUCAUGUUCAGGAGGUGCCUUUUCUCCAUUUUCGAUGGUUUCUUUGCUUUGGGGAAGUCCGACCCAGGUCAGGCUUCAGGCAGUCACCUUCGUUUUCUCCCUAGGAAGGAGGCUCAGGAGCUUGUUCUCCUUGCCUCGCUCGCGCCAGUCAUGAUGUCCAAUGUUGCUGCGAGCUUUUGUGACCGGAUUUACUGCUCAGACUCCUCUAGUGUGAAAGGAGCAUUCUGUUCUUCCGAGGCCUCACCCGAAGUGGCAGCUUCUCUUUGGCUAUCGGCAGAUAAAAAAGGAUGCUACACAAGACUUGAUCCCGAAGGAAGCCCAAACCAUAACGAGCUUGAGGCCCUCGAGAUCGACGACCCCCCCAGGCCUCUUGCGUUCGACUUUGAUGCCCUCUGCCUCUUUGCUGGGUCUCAGCCCCCCGCCGAGGCAUGUACUAGGCUUGGUAUGAGGGUCUCCCCCAUCAUAGACCUCGGCUGUUCCAGCGAGUUCGAUGUGCUCAAGCCGUCGGUGCUUGAGUGGCUUCUUUACCUCAUAGGGACAGGACUCCUUUUCUCCCAGAGCGCUCCCGCAAAUGAGUUUUGGUUCAGUCGUGCUUUUGAGAAGGAUCAACCUCGGAUCAUCGCAGCUUGCCUCCGUGAUUGCAUCACUUACAGCGAGAAGCAAGGCCCUGACUUCCCGCCUGGCUUCGAGAACAUUGCUGUCAACGAGGCCCUCUUGACCCACAGAUGGGAUGUUGAGUCUUCCUGGAGGUGGGAAAGGCCGAGGCACAUAAAUGCCCUUGAAACUGAGGCAGGUGUCUCCUUGCUUCGGAGAGUCGCUUUGCAAGGCGAUGACGCCAGGCCUGUGUUGAUAGUCGAUUCGUCAUGUGCCCGCGGUGCCCUCACUAAAGGGCGCUCUUCAGCAAGGCUCCUCCGACCCAGCCUCCGACGGUCGGGAGCCAUCUGUGUUGCAGGCGGUGUCUACCCCGCAUUUGUCUUCGGACCUACGCGACUCAAUGCCGCAGACGAUCCCACAAGGAGUGUCGCGAUAAGGAGCCCUCACCUGCCGUCACUCCUGGAGGGAACUGAUGAGGCCGACGUCGUCGCACUGUGCAGCCUCACAGGCCUAGGUAAAAACAGGGCCAGGUGGGUCCGUCUCAUCCUCCUUUCUGCCGAGUCCGGAAAAAGGAGGAGCGCUCUUAUCAAAGCCUUGGUGAACUUUCCUGAGAGGCUUUGUGAUGCUUUCCCUCGGCGGGGCCUUUACCUCCCAGCCAGUGACCCAUCCAGUCAGGCUGAGCUCUUCGCUCGCAAUGCCGUCAUCCAUGAGCAUUUCCACCCUCGGGUGCUAGGUGAUCUUCUCGAGCUCCUCCCACAAGAAGGCUUUUGUCGUUUUGAAAGGACCGUUGAUGAGAAGUACUGGACUAGUGGCGCGUACCAGCAAGGCCCGCUGACCGGCCUUCGCUCCCCAGUCCGGAAAUUUCCCUUUUCGACAGAGCUUGCCUGCAGGGUUGUUCAGAAGAUCGCGCCAGGGUUCGCCUUCACCAGCAUAGCCCUGCUCUGCCAGGUCAGAUCUCAGCCUCACAGAGACUCGAUGAACCAUGAAAGAUGGCCAAGCCUCAUUUUUCCUCUUUCGGUUUUCCAGGGGGGGGAAGUCUGGGUUGCUGGGGGAGCUGGCGACUUCACAGAGACCAUAGAGGGCCGGCCUGUAAAGGGUGAGCUGCUGAAAGUUGCGCAGGGCCCAGUUUUUCUCGACGGGCAUCGUCUUCACCUGACCAGGCCUUGGGUUGGGUAUAGGAAGGUUGCGGUUGCUUAUAGCAUUAAGUCCCCCCAACUCCUCAACCGUGAUGACCGUAGGACCGCCAGAAGCCUGGGUUUCGUUCUGCCGGGUCAGAGGAAGACGGGCCGCCAUGAGUCGGAGGGAAAGAAGUUCCUUGACUUUGACGCCUCCCUUGGUUUCCCAGGUGAGGGGCCUGCAUACCUGUCUUUCCUCAUUUUCACAGCCUGUUUUUGCAUCACGUCGGCCACUUUUCUCAGCCCCCGAAAUGCGGCUGAUGCUGCUCGAGCAGCCAGGAGGACCCCAGACCUCCCUGCUGGUCGUCUUGUUUUGUCUCGUACAGGGUUUAAGAGGGAUAAGUUGCUCGCAGCUUUUUCGCAAUGGCUUCAGGAGGUUGGUGGCUUCGACCUGGAUGGCCUUCUGAGCGCGAAACCCUUUGAUGCUGAAGUUGCUGCAGACUGGUUGGUAAGAUAUGGCAGAGACCUCUAUGGCUCAGGGAGGCCCUACUGGCAUUUCUCCGAAACGAUCAACGCUCUGACUUCCAGGAAGCCGGUGCUCAGACGUCAGGUUCAGAUAGCUUGGGAUCUUUGCUUCGUGUGGCAGGCUGAGGAACCAACAGUUCACCAUACUGCGAUACCGCCCGUCGUCCUGAUCGCGCUCCUGGCAGCAUGUUUGGUCUGGGGCUGGGUUAGAGAAGCGGGGUGCUUUGCUCUGGCUUUUGGGGGCGUCAUGAGAAUAGGCGAGGUGCUCCAAAGCUGUCGACGCUCUUUGAUAUUGCCUGAGGACGUCCUGUUUUCUCAGGACUAUGUUCUGCUGAGCAUAGGAGAGCCAAAGACUAGGCAGCGAGGACCGCGACAUCAGUCAGCAAAGAUCGAAGCCCAGGACCUGGUUCAGAUUAUAGUGCUCGCUUUCAGGGGCCUCGGUGGAGAUCAAAAGUUGUGGCCGUACUCGCCUCAGACACUCCGAAAGAGACUUGACACACUUCUGGCAAGGAUCGGUGCCUCCCCUGCUCCUCAAGGCACACGGCCGAUUGAUCUCGGCUCAUUCAGAGCCGGAGGGGCAACCUUCUUGCUCCAGUUGUGUGAAGACUCGGAGCUGGUGCGCCGCCGUGGGCGGUGGGCCUCGGCCCGAGUCAUGGAGACAUACCUGCAAGAGAUUGCUACGUCCCUUUUUCUGCCCUCGCUGCCACGGGAGCAGAAGGACAAGAUCCAGCAGGUCGCGGCCGGCUUCACAGCACUUCUGUCGCAAGCCAUGAUCUGGCACAAACAAGAAGUUCAUUGCAGUAUCUGGUACAGACUAUGGCCCAGAGGCCUGUUUUGCACACGGUUGGGAUGUACGGGAGACUUGGGAUAG